GCCCACUGGUAGGGCUCAGGGGCUCUGUCCACCAUGGCCUGGACUCUUCUCCUUCUCAUGCUCCUCUCUCACUGCACAGGUUCCCUCUCCCAGCCUGUGCUGACUCAGCCAUCUUCCCAUUCCGCAUCUCCUGGAGCGCCAGCCAGACUCACCUGCACGCUGAGCAGUGGCUUCAGUGUUGGUGACUUCUGGAUACGGUGGUACCAACAAAAGCCAGGGAGCCCUCCCCGGUAUCUCCUGUACUACCACUCAGACUCAGAUAAGCACCAAGGCUCUGGAGUUCCCAGCCGCUUCUCUGGAUCCAAUGAUGCAUCAGCCAAUGCAGGGAUUCUGCAUAUCUCUGGGCUCCAGCCUGAGGAUGAGGCUGACUAUUACUGUUGUACAUGGCAUGGCAACUCUAAGACUCACACAGUGCUCCAGACCCAUGAGGAAGUCAGACAAAAACCUCCCCUCUACUCUCCUGGCCUGGUGAAGUCACCCCUGCUGGUGACUCUGACCAAAUCUAACUCAGGGGGUAGCAUCUGUUGUCACACCAACAGCACUGGAGCUCCCACUGACAAGUAG